GAUAUUAACUUUCAACGUAUGCGGCAGACAUGUGCAAUCCAUUCAUGCUAUCUCUAUUUUGUGCAGCGUCGUCCACUCUGUUGCUAACUGGAGCUUCGACGCUGGAGACGAGACGUCGAAGGAGAAGCUUAAUUCCGCCGUCUUUAGAGCUUAGUAAGCACCGUGAGCUGGACAUCUACUUGGAAAGUUAUCAAAAUGCUUCGAAGAUGAUCGAGGCUGCGGGAAGCGGCAGGUAUUUCCUCGUGUUUAGCACUGGAGAUGUUCACGAAGAAGACAACUGUUCCUCUACUAAAGCAAUUUUCACAGAGACACACAAACGUUCAGGAUUCUUCGAACACAGUUCAUGGAAGCCAACCGAUGAAUCGUACAAUGUGCAGAGGCUUAACUACUCCAUUAGUCUCCGCCAAAGCCAAGGCUACAAAGUACACAACGAAAUACUGGAGACUCCCCAUGUCCAGAGUGCUAAAACGAAUCUGUACCACGUGAUCUACGCUGAAUAUGGCAAGUGUAACGUUUUGAGAGCAGAUUCUCAUGGGGGAGGAUGCCUUCUAUGGAUGUCAAUGACAACGUUGAACAGACCGAACACGUUGGACAGGAGACCAUGUGAAUUCGCCUUCGACAGCUACUGCGCACACAAAAAAGUACGACACUUCGUGAGAGGGUGUCUCAAUGCACUACAAGGAGAUUGAGGUUAAAUUAAGUGGUUACUGUGGCUGUUGUUUGCCCGCAUACGAACACAGGAAAGUAAACGAAUUUCAACGCCUUCGA